GAGUUCGCCAUCAUGUUCCGGCACCUGAUCCCCUGCGGCGUCUGCACGUACAAGUCCGCCUGCAUGGGGGCGACGAACGGCACUGCCAGGGACGGCGAUGUGUGUCCGAAGUGGGACUUCAAGCUGGUGGCGGACAGCUGCAAGUCCACCACGAACGACAUGGACUGGGGCAGCAUGUGGGCGGGCGUGCCCCCGGCCGUCCUCGCGCUGGGCACCCUGGCCGGGGUCCUCUACAGGUGGAGUUGCCAGCCGAACGAUCACGUGGCCAAGGUGCAGGUUACCGUGAUCUUGUUCUUGCCAGCCACCUACGUGGUUUGCUCCCUGUAUAGUCUGCGGCUGCUCACCAUCAACAGUGGGGACGGGGAGGCUGGGUUCGGAGCUGCUGCGAGCAUGUGGAUGAUCUUGAGGUAA